AUUGCUCACAGCGUAUUCAGUUCGCGCGGUCGUGUUUGUUGUUUGCAGCCAGCCAGCCAGCUGUCAAAAAAGAGGUGCGCUGGUUUUGCUUCUGUUUGUGGUGUUUUUGCGUGAAGUUUUCGCUACCAGCGGGCAAGUUUCAUUCCGUCUGCUAUUGACGGCUGCGUGUGUGUGUGUUCCCAUUUGUGUGGUGAUCAAAUUGUAACAAAGUGCACGCUGCACUGUCGUCUGUCUGUGAUAUAAAGAAUAACUUUCUGCCGCAUACAGUGCCAGGCCGCACUUGUUCAUCGUCUUACCGACGCCGUUGCUGCACGCACGCACCCAUACACACGCACUCACACAUAUCGCGCAACGCUCGCAUCACCCGGAAACCAUGGAGGAGGACAACAAAAAGCCAUACAAGAUAAAGGAUGUGACGAGAGCGAUUAAGAAGGCGGUGGUGGCCGGCACGCUGGACGAGGUACGGUCGAAGGCGGCGGAAAAGUUUGGCCGUACGGAUCUGCCCAACAUACAUCUCGACUCGGACGGUACCGAGGUGGACGACGAGGACUACUUCCAGACGCUCGAACCGAACGCCGAGCUGAUUGCGGUCUUCUCCGGCGAACAGUGGAUAGACCCGACACAUUACGUCACCAUCACGACGCGCCGGGACUCGGCCGACAUUACCGACAGCCCGGACGUGGAGCGAAUACAUCUGAAGAAGCUGGUCGCGCAGAUGAAAACCAACCUGUGCAACGUGUCGGUGCUGAGCGAACCGGACCUGGAGCUGCUGUCCAACAUGGACCCGAACUCGGUGGCGGACAUUACCGGCAAGGACUUUAUCGAGCAGCUGAAGGAAGCAUCAGGCAGAAUCUUGCAUGAAAAACGAAAGGCUGCUGACGCAAUUGAGCUGCUAAAGCUGAUCGCGAAGCAACCGAUCGCGAGCCACGACCCGGACAACAAUGGUGCUGAUGAUGAUGGUGAUGGUGAUGGCAGUGCACGCCAGCUUCGCUCCUUCCUGACCGCAACGACGGUAACGACGGUACGGUCCGGUCCGAUCGUUAAUCAACCGCAGCGCGCCGACAUGACUGCUGCCGCUGCUGCCGAAGAAUCGUCCUGCUCGCCUUCCACCACCACCACCACCACGCCGCCGCCUUCCACGACGAUCCUUUCGAUUCCGGCUACGCUCGAUAGCUACAGCGAUGGCAAGCACAACAUCACCGUACACCUGCAACCGGCCGUUGGCAGUUGCCACUUCGGCGAACACACCCCUGACACCUGCCGGAAGCCAAUGGACAGCGAACCCGCGGAACACGGCAAACCCAUUUGAUAUCUAAUGUAUCAAGUCAACGUGUGUCACAAGUAGACGACGGCGACGACGACGACGACGAUUGGCUUCGAUUAGUUGCGAUUCUUUUCGAACCGUUUUGUGCUGAACAGAGGAAGCUGCCUUUUUUUUAAUCAAAAAAACGAGUGAGUGAACGAUUAAUGUGCGGCCAAUUUAUCUUGAUUGUUUGAAGGGUUUUUUUUUAGGCCAGGAAAAGCGUCCGCAAAGAAACAGUAAACAGAAGUUUGGAGCAACACCUAACGAUUAACAUUAGUUUAACUGCCAACCACCGCUUGUAAGGUCGGUCACAAUGAUGAAAGUAUUACCGCUAGCAGUAAACAAUAGCAUGCGCAAUAGUACACAGAAGAACACGAAAUUCAAUAGACUAGACGAGUGUAACCUAGCGAGCAGCGUUUAGCAUUCGACAGCACAUUGUUGCGUGGUACCAAUAGGACAAGAAACCGCAUAGAAACAACACUAGCAAAGCAUCAAAUCGAACGUCUAUAGCACAAGUAAGCUUCAUCAGAAAGAUCAGACCAGGAAUCAGGCUUCCACAACUGCUACGUCAAGUAAAUAUCCACAUUUUAACAGGUAUGCUAUCCGUUUCGCACCAUUAGCAUAGAACCUUUACCUAGCAUCUGGACAUACUUCCCAGGAAUACUGAACCUCAAUCGUGGGUACAGGAUGCGAUAGGAAACUCUUUCGUUCGAUAAUACUUUCAAGAUUACGAUGGAACUCUCGAACACGUCUUUCCUCAGAUAUUGACUUCCACUUGCUAAUUAUCAAAGACGUAAGGGUCUCCACGCCACCGGCAAAUGGCUAGGGCUUCAACGUUGGUCCUAAUGCAGUAAUCCAAUCGGUUGAGGUUCGUACUGCUAGAGGAAUUGUCACACAUAUUUGGACAAAAUCUGAAGGGUUUUCCAUCCGCCAUUUUUGGGUCAAUCCUGUUGUUGGGUAACGUUUAAAGGUGCAAUAGAAGUUGACCUGUUGGUCUGCUCAAAUGAUAUGAUCUACAACAGGAUUAUCAGUAUCGUUUCUUCUAGCAAAUGCUUCGAAUGUGUCCUUUGUAGUUGACCUGAGACCUUCAUUUGCCGAUGUUCGGAUCUUGGGAUUCCAUUCGACAAUUAUUGAUCAGUAAUAGGCCAUUAAUUGGGGAGCAUUUAGGGAGCAGUCCGGUGCUCAUCUGGGCUGUCCCUCUAUACUGAGGACUCGUCUAUCCGGUUAGAGGACGUUUGGCCAAAAAGGAGAAGAAGAAUAGGCCAUUAAGAACACAGGUCGACCCCAACAUUCCUCAGUUUUAUCCUUUGUUCCGCAGUUUUCCUAUCGCAUAUCAGAAGUUGGUUCGCAAAAUAAAACAGGAACAAGCAAGGAUCAUAACACAAGUUUGCAUAAGAAAAAACCAAGCAAAUUAACCUAAUCGCGCACCUGGCCACAUUCAUGCGCAUCGGGUCGGUACAACGCCUAACACUAUACAGGUUUAAAUGUAAAACUAAAUUACAUAACUUAAAACGCAUACCGCACACACACACACACAAACACCCCGGUACACGUGGAACCCGAGGAAGCGCCCGGAAAAAAAGCGAAACAUUUGCAGGCAACUCAAUUACGUGCCGUAUGAGGGUGAUUAUUAUAAAGACUGAGCAGUUCAUUUUAGUUGUUCGAGACGGAAGGCGAAGGGAACGGCAAGCGGAUCACGGCGGCUCGCGACGCGGAUGAUGGAAAUGAACUGUCUAAAAUUAAUCGAAAACAUUAAAAGUAAUUAAAAAUCAAUUUUGCCCUUGAACGCGAACCGAUGAUGCGAUCGAUACGAGUGUUGGUGGGAGAGAGAAAGGGAUGCAACAAUACUACACACACCCAAUUACAGGGGAGACAGCGAAACAAAUGGAAACUUAACGUAACCCAAAGCCUGAAUGAUUGUGAAAUCGAGUGUGGUAAGCGUACGUGGCUAAACAAGGAAAAAAUUAAAAAAUCAAAUCACAAACAA